CGACAUUGAUUCAGAAAUGGCGGCGAUUUUUUAUUUAUUCAUACAAUAAUGACCGUGAAAGGGUAAAAAGCGCACCUACUAGCCCAUGACAGAUACUCUAAACUCAAAAACAAGUCAUGGAAUCUCCAGAAUAUAUGGAUUCACCAGAGUGUGAUGUAAAUCCAUCACCACCUCCAGAGUUUGCAGACAAUCCGGAGCUUUUACAAGCUGAGAGUAUCGGAAAUACAGCAUUUAGCAAACAUUGGCUGUUCUCAACCUUGAUCAAAUUUAUUGAGGAAGUUGAUCGUGAAACUGAAGAGGAGAGUAAUCUAGCAGUUGAUGUGGAUGAAGAUCUUCAGAAUGAGUUGUGUAAACUGUGGGACAUGUCCAUGAACUCUGAUGUUGCCAUGUUCUUGAACGAGUUUAAGGCUGUAGAUAUACUGACCGGGAUUAUAGAGAAGUCCAAGGCUCCAAGAGUUAUCGAAAUAUCUGUAGGCAUUUUAGGAAAUAUGGCGUGUGAAGCAGCAGUAUGUAAAGAAAUGGCAGAUAAUCAAAAAUUUAUAGAUUUAGUUAUACUUAUGAUGGAGACAAGAGACGUUCCAACUUUGGUAGAGAAUACAAGGUUAAUCUAUACAUCGCUGUCUAACACUGUAACAAGGGGACCUUGGAUAAGAGCUAUACAGAGGUCAGAAGAUAUUCUAGAUCAUCUUAAGUUUAUAUUCUCAAGCUCAACAAACUGUGACCUGUUGAAGAAUACUGCAGAACUAGUUGACACAUUGCUUGACUGUGAACCUGACCUUUGUGUUUCCUGGGCAACCAUUGACUUCGUACAUUCAUUGAUUGAAGCCACAGAACAGAUAGGGAGUAACCAUAGUGAUGCCCUUGAGGUUUAUCUACAUAUUCUCCAGAGUUUCUCCACCACAGAGUCAGGGGUUGAAGCACUAGUUGCUCACACGGAGAAGUUGGAAAAGAAGAUAAUAAAGUAUUUGAACAUAGUUUGUGAGUAUGAGAUAGUGGGUCUAGGGGGAAAGGAAGCGCCCCUGGCAUCAGCCCUGUCAGUAUUAAAUAUUCUGCUCAUGUCACAAUCAGAAGAGAAGCAAGGACAUCUGUUCAAAAAUGAGACAAUUAUUCGAAUUUUACUGAAGAUUCUGGAACCUCUUUACCCCAUGCUUCAAAAGUACAGGGAGUCGCAACAGACAGAUUCAAAUGAGCCAAUCAGUAGACAGGAAGAUAGUCAGGUGACUGGUAAUGACCAAUCAGAGGCCAAAACUGAGACUGAUUCAAGUAAUAAUGCAAAUGAGUCCAAAGAACCUGAAGAAAAGGACAAAAAUGAUGCCAAAGGAACAGAAUUAGAAGAAGAGGAGUUUACAGAACUUAAAAUUUUAUAUGAUAUUCUGGCAGCAUUUUUAUUGGAUUACUGCAAUAUUGCUUUCACUGAUACAUCAGGCACAUAUAAUGAUGAGUCUCCACCGAGUGAUAAAGCAGCAGAUUCUGAAAAUGUUGAAAGUCAAAAUGACCAAAAAUGUUCACAAACUACUGCAGACGACAGUGUACCGACCGCAAAAGAUAAUUCUCAGGAAUGUCCCAAGGGGAGUAACUCAAAUGUUCCUGAAUGUAACCAAAAAAAUUACAGUAACAAAGAAUCUGAAGAAAGACACGGCAGCAAUGACAAUCGUGAAAAUACAAACAAUGAAAGUAGUUCCGAAAAUGGAACGUCCAUUAACUGUGCUUGUAUUCUUACAUAUUUGGACGAAGUGUGCAGCCGUUGGAGACUGAAUAGUUUUGGUCAAUGUUUGAAAGAAUCGGACACUGGUUGUAAAUUGUAUGACCAACUGUUUAGUUUGGCGAUGAAAUUUAAAAAGGACAGACUGUGUCGAGUAUUGACAGACAUUUCAGAGGGACGAAUUGUUAAUAGGGCGGAAUCCAAUAUAGAAAAUGCUGAGAAAAGGGAUGUUUAGCUGAACGUUUAUACAUAUCUGUUUGAUAUACCUGUACCUUUUUUUUGUGGUUAUAAUUGAUAUACAACUAUAUUUUGUAUAGGAAAUUAUAGAUCUCUGUUAAUAUUUUCUUUAAUGAAAUAAGUAUAUAUUUUGAAUACAAAGUUAUUAAAAUAGUCUUCAUGGUGAA